AUGGGCUCGAAUGAGGAAAUCCUAAGUGCUUUGAAGAUUCUCCAGAAGUACAAUUUAAAAGAGUCAGAGCUUGCUUUAAAACAAGAAGCUGGUCUCAUUAAUGAAAAAAUUGCCGAAGAAUUUCUGAAAUUUAAAGCUCAAGUAAAGGAUGAACCAGAGAACUUUUGCGCUAACUACCAGUCUAUCCUCACAUUUGUGGAUUCGGUUCCUGAUAUGCAUAAAGUGGAGUUGUCUACAUUACUCUUCCCUAUUUUUGUCCAUAUGUAUCUCCGUCUAGUCAGUGGAAAUAUUUGUGGAGAGGCCAAAAAGUUCCUCAUAACCUUCAGAAAAUAUCAAGAAGAUUUUUACCAGUCAGAUAUUAAUAUGCUGUCGAACAUUACUAGUUCACAACACUUGUCAAUGAAUCCUUUAAUUGAAUCAUUUAGAGCUUCCGAGUUUGUUGUCAGUGUUUCGGCCGAGUCCUAUUCACUUCUACGUCAGUUUCUUCAAGAUAAAGAAAUGCAUGUCAUUCAAAGUAUUUUAAAGGAACAGUUGUCACUUGAAAUCGUCAAUGGCCCUCCUAGGUCAAAGCUCCAAAUCGAUUGCCGUCGUGGUGCUUUAUUUGGCGAGGCUCACUUUGAUGCUAACAAAGAACCUGUUUUGUAUGGCCUUCUAAGAGAUCCUACAUUAGACUUACCAGUCGAAAUGGAUACUGAUCCUGGUUUAAAUGACAUUGAUGGGAGCAAUGUAGAUAAUAACGAAGACAACGGGGAUCAGAAUGUUGCAAAAAAGAAAAAGCGGAGAGAUGGUAUGACUUCAGGUUCUGGACAUUCUGGUAGACCAUCUCUUUCGAAAGAUGUUAGCAAAUCUGAUUCCAACUCUCCAGCUCUUGAUCGAAUUCCCCUGCCUAAGCUGCGCGAGUCAUACAUUGAAAGCAAACAAGCUCUUUCUCGAGAGAUAUCUACCCUUCUACGUAAUUAUCAACAGCGAAAUCCACAAAAGUCAUCAAUCGGUACAAGUACAGUCCUUUAUACAAUAUGCAAUUCUCAGGCUGGUGAGUCAACCCUAGCUAUUCGAAGGGGUGGUGUUACAUGUUGCAGUUUCAGUGAUGACUCAUCACAACUAGCUGCCGGAUUCGGAUCAGGUCGUAUCCGUGUUUGGUCCUUAGGCCCCGAAUCAUUAAGGCGUAUGCUUCCGGCUUCAGAGUUGAGCUUACUGGAUAAAGAUGACUCUCGAGUAAAAACUAAUAUGUUAUAUGACGAAAAUGAUGAGACCCACCUAACUCGGGAUUUGCUAGGUCAUCUUGGCAGUGUGUUCGGUGUUGCGUUUAGUCCUGACCGACAACUCAUUGCUUCAGCUAGCUCAGAUGGCACUGUCCGAUUAUGGUCCACAUUAAUGUGGGGUGGUGCUCUAACUGCAUGGCGUGAUCAUCUUCUACCUGUUUGGUGUGUUACUUGGGCUCCCACAUAUGGUCACUAUAUAGCGACAGGAGGAGCUGAUCGCAGUGCACAUUUGUAUGCAACUGAUCAUGCACCAGAUGCUUUACGUGUUUUUGUUGGACAUAAAGGCGAUGUAACGUCAGUGUGUAUACAUCCAAAUGUUAAUUAUCUUGCAACUGGUAGUGCUGAUCGAGCCGUACGCUUAUUUGAUGUACGUUCUGGAAAGCUAACAAGGAUCUAUACAGGUCAUAAGGGUUCUGUUCAGAGUCUGGCGUUUUCACCUUGCGGUCGUUAUCUGGCUAGUGGAGGUUGGUGUGGUACUACGUGUCUUUGGGACUUAGGGUCUGGACAACAGGUUGGUCAGCUUGGAGGUUAUUCGGCAUCUAGGACUUCUGUAAAUCAGCCAAGUAGUGAUUUUGACUCUCAGGAAGCUAACUCAGACUCAAGUCAGUGGUUAACUGGUCCGGUUGUAUCUCUCGCAUUUUGUCCGGGUAAUUCAGGACGUUUGGCUUCAGGUGGUCUAGAGGGAGCUCUACGAAUAUGGAAUACAGUUAGUGGUUGGUCAACUGCUGUUACCACUCCAGCUACUGGUAAUAACGAUGAUAAAAAUUCAAAAACUAAUCUUUUGGCGUUGCAUCGAUUCACUAAACAGCAGUUUGUCCGUCAAAACUCUAAAAAUAAUAAAAACAGCGGAGUCGGAGGUCAUAAUGUUUUAGGAUAUUAUUCUUCAGUGACUGGUCCUGAUGUUUCUGAUGCAUGUGCCAAUGAAGUGUUUUUCACUAGACGUACCUCUGUCCUUGGACUGCACUAUGUUCAUCCUUAUUUGCUUUUGGCAGCUGGACCAUAUAACCAAACUUGA